GGACAACUCCGGGGGACAAACAUGGGGUCCUUCCGCAUCGCCUCCUGGAGCCUCACAAUCCUCGCGGCUACGAUCGCCUUGCCACCCAUCACGCAUCGCACGCCCUUCGCAUACGCCGCAACUGGCGGCGGCAGUAUGCUGGGCGAUGUGAACAUCUCGGCGAUAUUGGACUCGUUUUCCGUCAGUUACGAUAAAAGAGUAAGGCCGAACUACGGAGGUCCUCCCGUCGAGGUGGGCGUCACCAUGUACGUCUUGAGUAUCAGCUCCCUAUCCGAAGUGAAAAUGGACUUCACGUUGGAUUUUUACUUCCGACAAUUCUGGACGGACCCGCGACUCGGGUUCAAGCAGCGGCCGGGCGUCGAGACGCUCAGCGUCGGCUCCGAAUUCAUCAAGAAUAUUUGGGUACCCGACACCUUCUUCGUCAACGAGAAGCAGUCGUACUUUCACAUCGCUACCACCAGCAACGAGUUCAUUCGCAUUCAUCACUCGGGAAGCAUCACGCGUAGCAUACGCUUAACGAUUACAGCGUCGUGUCCCAUGAACUUGCAGUAUUUCCCGAUGGACCGGCAACUGUGCCAAAUCGAGAUCGAGAGCUUCGGAUACACGAUGAGGGACAUCCGGUACAAGUGGAACGAAGGCCCGAACAGCGUCGGGGUCAGCAACGAGGUCUCGCUCCCUCAGUUCAAGGUCCUCGGUCACCGUCAGCGUGCCAUGGAGAUUAGUCUUACCACCGGGAAUUACUCGCGGCUGGCCUGCGAGAUCCAGUUCGUACGGUCGAUGGGCUACUACCUGAUCCAGAUCUACAUACCCUCGGGGCUGAUUGUCAUAAUAUCGUGGGUGAGCUUUUGGCUAAACCGAAACGCGACCCCCGCUCGGGUGGCCCUCGGAGUAACCACUGUGCUCACUAUGACGACCCUAAUGUCCUCGACGAACGCAGCGCUACCAAAGAUCUCCUACGUCAAGUCCAUCGACGUCUAUCUGGGCACCUGCUUCGUCAUGGUCUUUGCCUCGUUGCUCGAAUACGCUACGGUGGGCUACAUGGCGAAGAGGAUUCAGAUGCGGAAGAAUCGAUUCCAAAAGAUAGCGGAGAGCAUGAAGGCCGCGAGCGAGAAUCCAGGACCGCCGCGCGUGCCCGGCGAUCAUGGCGAUCACGCGCCUAAACAAACUGAGGUGCGGUUCAAGGUGCACGACCCAAAGGCACACAGCAAAGGUGGGACACUCGAGAACACCAUAAACGGUCGCGCCGAUGAGGAAACGGCGGGCGCGCCGCAACAUCUUAUUCAUCCUGGCAAGGACAUCACCAAGCUCUACGGUAUGAGUAGACCAUGCAUCACGCCGUCGGACAUCGACAAGUACUCCCGCAUCGUGUUCCCGGUGUGCUUCGUCUGUUUCAACCUGAUGUACUGGAUCAUUUACCUCCACAUCAGCGACGUGGUCGCGGACGAUCUCGUGCUGCUCGAGGAGGCCAAGUAAACGACGACGACGACGACGUCGCGGCGCUCCGAAUCGAGAGGGAUGGAAGAAGGCGACAGCGUGCGCAAAGCCGAACGCUCACGCGGGAGGGCUGGACGAAGGCCGGUUCGCGGAGAGAGGCGAAAAUGUGGUUCGAGGAGGAUGAAUUGAGACGCCUACUCGGCUGACUACUUCGAGACGAGGGAACGACAACCGAGAACGGCCGUGUACCAGCUCGCGGACGUAACAAGUGCACUCGGAACGUGCGCUUAGGUCCAUCUCGAGGGCGCCGAUAACCACUUCUCCACGACUAGAAGUAGUAGCGGACGAGCAUGGGCAGCCACACGCGGCCGAGCGGGAGUACCUCGCGAUCACUGGAAAGUAAAAGCGGACGGACGCCCGCCGCUCUGAUGGCUGACCAAACGCGCGCAUUACCUACUGCGCGCGGCGUCGUGGCUACAAUUCUUCCGGGCGCGAGCUCUCGCUUUGUCGAGCAGCGGUCGGACUCGCGCAACCUUCGACUGUCUCCACGAGACGUUCUUCGUUAAAAAUCCUGGUACAUAAAUAUAUAUACAUAUAUAUAUAACAUAUAUGUAUAUAUAUAUAUAUGUAUAUAUAUAGGCGUGUUGCGCGCCGAUACAUAGGGACGUAUUAGGUCGCGACGCGAGCACGAAGACGGACAAGCAAGCAGGAGCUCAACAUCUCGAAGGCGAAUCCACGAGCAUACAUACCAUAAAACAUUGCCAGUCUAGGUAUCUCUAGAUCUUAAACGGAGAAAAUACCUUCGAUAUAAACACUUGUCAAUUUAGCCACCAUAUUAUAUAGUAACGUUAACUAACUCUAAGUAACGACACCGCGACUCGUCGGUGCGAACAGCGACGAUUCAAUCGCGGUAGCGCGGCGCGAGGUCGGAAAAAAAAUAUAAGAUUAUCGACGUUCGUCGAGGUCGAGUUUGGAUCGUCGCUCUGAUGCCGUCAACAGCUCACGAGCGCGGACGGAGGAAACGUAGUGGAAAUCGCGUGGCGUGUGUGCGCGUGCAUGCGAAAGAGUGAACGAGCGAGAAAGAGAGCGCGCAAGGGGGGGAGAGAGAGAGAGAGAGAAUGAGCGUAAAUGUGUACGUGUGAAUGCGCGCGUGCGCACUGGACGAGGAAAGCGACGGGCGGGAAAGUUUAUAGUCCGAACGAAGACAAACGAUGUACUCUAUCGGAGACUGGUGCGAAUUAUUAUUUAAGUAAGUAUAAGUACAUGUAUAUUAACUAAUAUACGCGCGCGCGUACGCGGCCGCGUUAGGUACGCGUCGUGCAUAUUAGACACGUGCGUGCACACGUGCGUACGCAGAGGACGCGUACAGACGAUCGAUGAAGGAUCCCGCGCGAAAUCGAAAAAUCGCAGUAGCAAGAAAGGGGGAGUGGGGAAAGGGGAUAUGAAUACGACGCAAGACGCCCAAGCGACGAAAGCCGUUCGGUUUCGCGGUAGCGGCGCUUCCUCGGCAUCCGCAUUUGUUUCGAUUAUCGCCAAAGUAAACGGCAACGGUUUCUUCUCGUUUCGUAGAACUUUUUUACGACUUUUAACACGCCUUUUGUAUUUCUGUGCGUGACACGCGUCGCUGCUACGGCGAAACCCGGCGUAACUCUCGUCACUCGUCCCGGGGCGUCUCUCUGUACGCGUGUACGUGCGUGUGCGCGUGGCUCAAUCGGGAGUACUCUUAGCUCGAACUACGUAGUCGCGACUGUUUACGUAGAGAAACUCCCGGGACGUAUGACGAUUAUAGAUCGGACGAUAAAAAA